UUUGAUAACAUAUGAUCAAUUAAACGUGAAAUCUUUUAAUUUUGCAAUGGUAGCUUUUAAAUUGGUACUGUGUUUAGUGUUUUUACCUUCCAUAUUGGCCGUAGACCCUCCCUUUCUCGUAGGGAGUUUUAUCGGAAAAGAGGUGAAAACCGACAAGAAACCGGCAACUCCGGACGAGGUGAUGAUGCUGUUAAAAGCCCUGAGUCACAUGGGAGCAGCCGAGGCCGAAGUUUUCGAAGGGGAUUCCGAAGAUUCUCUCGUCCAGGAAAGCGAAAACCUGGAGGAAAACGACGAAAUAGGCCAGAAUCGUAAAUUCCACGGGCAGAAACGAACGUCGGGAAACUCCGCGAUGAAGUACGACACGGGGAAACUUUCAGACCCGCAAGAGUUGGCCAGGGCUCUCGGAUCGACACCCUCGCCGGAAAAAUUAAAACGAGUUGUCGACAUGAUAAAACAGCACAAUGUUUCUAUUUAUUCCACAAAUUUUGACUUUAUUGUGGAUUGAUCAAAGUUAGAAAAACCUUCUGAAAGCCAAAUGAACAACUCUAUCAUAAAUGUAUAUUUGCAAUAA